UUUAUUUUCCCGUCACAAUGAUGCGUGAAGUGUAAGACGGUAAAUCAGAAAAAGCAGCCUUUAAGUAACGGGCGUGCUUUUUUAAAAUUAAUUGCAAUAUUAGUGCAUCAGUGCAUAGAAUACUUUACAAGACAGGAUUAAAGCAGAAAUAAAAGAACCCUUUAUGAAGAAAUGAAGCCGAUUCAGAUAAAAGUGAAACAUAUUGUGCGACUAGUCAUAAUUUUAUUCAUUGCCGUCAUCAUCUGGUUUGCAGGAGUUCCAUCAUUUCGUCAUCAAAAAUUUGUUCCAAUGCCCCAAAAUGAAAUACAAAAAAUAUACAAGAAAAUAAAGGAUGGAAAUGGAAAGCUUUAUCAGAGUGAGGGAAGUCUUAGGUUUAAGAACAGACAGUUUUAUCUAGAUGGGAAACCAUUUCGAAUCUUCAGUGGUGCAUUCCAUUACUUCAGAGUUCUGCCCCAGUACUGGAAUGAGACAUUUUUGAAAAUGAAGGCUUCUGGCUUAAAUACUGUCGAAACGUAUGUUGCCUGGAACUUUCAUGAAGAAAUUAAAGGCAGUUUUAACUUUGUUGGAAAUAAAGGACUUCUCAAUGUGAGGGAAUUCAUUGAGACAGCCAAAUCUCAUGGCUUAUUUGUGAUAGUACGUCCUGGUCCAUAUAUUUGUGCAGAAUGGGAAUUUGGUGGACUUCCCAGUUGGUUGCUACGAGACACAGAAAUGAAGGUGAGGUCAAAUUAUGAAGGCUACCUCAGUGCUGUGGAUACCUACUUUGCUCAUCUAAUACCACACAUCCAACACUUACAGUAUGCCAAAGGAGGUCCAAUUAUAGCAUUCCAAAUUGAGAAUGAAUUUGGUUCAUACACUGUAGAUGUGGAACAUUUGAGAAAGUUAAAGAAGAUGAUGAAGAAGCAUGGAGUGGUUGAGAUGUUUUUUACUUCUGACCCGCAGAUAAAAAGUUGGAAGAAUGGUCUAUACCCUAUAGCUUAUGAGGCUUUACCCACAGUGAACUUCAAGCACCUGGAUGAGGGAGGGCAGGAGUUAGUGGACUUUAUUGAGGGCCUGGGUGAGUUCCCGCUGUUUGUGAUGGAGUACUGGACAGGCUGGUUCGAUGAGUGGGGCGGGGAACACAGCUCUGACAUGGAGACACCAAAACUAAAGGAAAUACUGACAAAGUUACUAGAUUCUGGAGCUUCCAUUAACUUCUACAUGUUCCGAGGGGGCACAAACUUUGGUUUUAUGAAUGGAGCAAAAAUCUACCACAAACAUGGCUAUAAACCAGUGGUUACCAGCUAUGAUUACAUGGCUCCACUAUCAGAGGCAGGGGACACAACUGAGAAGUACCAAGUCAUUCGGGAACUAUUGAUGAAGUACCAAGAGAAUGUUCGGCACUUUCAUGGGGCAACUCUGAAAGAAAUUCCAGAGAAUAAAGAAAAGGCAGCUUAUGGAACUUUUCCUAUCAAUACAUAUUUGUCAUUUGAAGAUUUGCUGAGUGAAAGCGAAAAAAUAGAAUCUAAGAUGAUAUUAACUAUGGAACAUUUAACACUUUACCAUGGUAGUGGUCAAAACUAUGGAUACAUCUUAUACAGGAAAAUUCUGCCUAAAACUAAAACCAUCAACAUUAAGGGCAUAAUGCAAGAUCGCAUGCAGGUAUUUUGGAAUGGGAAGGAAAUUGCAGCUUUUGACUGGACAGAGAAUUUGUAUCAAAUACACUUGGAUCUUAUGACUGAUAUCAAUAUAGACGAGAAAGAGAAUAAGCUUGAUUUAUUGGUUGAAAACCUUGGAAGGGUUAAUGUGAGACCUUUGAAUGAACAAUUUAAAGGAAUUAUGGGAGAAGUUUUUACAGAUGGCUCAAAGGAAGAGCUUAAAGAUUGGGUAAUAUAUCCCUUGGAUUUCAGAUCACAGUUUCUGAACAGUGUGUGGAUCCACUCUCAUUACAAACAGCUUCCGAACUUUGACCCAUCUCCUGCACUAUAUUCUGCAGAGUUUGAUAUCGAAGGUACUCCAAAAGAUACCUACCUGUCUAUGGAGGGCUGGACCAAAGGCAUUGUGUUCAUCAAUAGUUUUAAUUUGGGUCGCUAUUGGAAACAUGGACCACAACAGAGGCUGUAUGUGCCUGGGAGUAUCCUACAAAAUAAGAAAGCCAACACAAUUAGAAUCUUUGAACAGAAGAAAGCAGGGAAGGAGGUUGUGUUCUAUAAUUCCCCCACACCUUACUAGAGCAGCUGAGCUGUCGAGGGAAGUAUCCAUCAUUCCAAUGCCUAUGUACAAUUCAACCUGCACUGCUUCAAUAAUACUAUUAGCAUAAUGGUGAAUUUCAUUAGUAAUGAUAAUGUAGAGAUGUUGAAAUUCCAUUCUCUCAAUAAUAUCAAUGUAAAUGUAGGCAAAGACUACCGGUAUAUAGAAAUAAAAAAUGCAUAGUUGAUGUAAAAAUUUUGGAUAGUGUGUAUGGAUGAUUUAAAAGUUAUAUUUUUUAUCUCUUUUCCAAAUGCUUACAUAUCAUUUUUUUGAUAACAACUCUGUGAUAAUUAGGAUUGCAGACUGUCAUUUUUGAUGAAUAUUACAUUUUGUCACAUGAUGAUGCAUGUAUGUGUAAUUUAUUUUAUGCUUUACAAUAUACAUGUACAGUGUAAAUUGACAUAAACUGAUCAAGCAGAAUGCAUCUAUGGUACAAAGUAUAACUUUGAUCUUCUAGUUUUAUACUAUUGCUCUAUAUUAUAUUAGUUUAUACAGAGAAUAUAUAUACUUCUUCAUGUGUGUAGUCAGAUUUGUUAUUUUCAGAGUUUGUGUGCAAAGCACAGCACCAAUAUUUAUCAUUUAAACGUGUAUAAAAUGUUUAUUUAGCUAGGCAUAUUUUACUGUAUGUGUCCAAAUGCUAGAUUUCAUUUUGUGUGCAAAAAGUCUUCCAUAUUAUUUUAUGCAAAUAAGAUGUUUGUCAAAUUGUGAUGGUGAAUUGUUGUUGAAAUGGUUGAAAUCUUAACUCCGAAAAUGCAAAAGUCUUAACGUUCCUUUCAUUGUUUGAAACCCCUACAGGUAUUCAUCUAAAAUAUUUACUUUACAUAAAAUAGUUUUUUUUAUGUGAUACUUAGCUGUUUUCUGUUUUACAUUUGAUUAAACUAUGUACUUUUUAUAAAGGGGGUAUAGCUGUGUCGCUAUAUGUUUGGGAAACAUACAUGAUACAUACAUACAUUGUAAAUGCACCUGUUAUUGUUUGGUCACCGAUGGUUUACAUGUCAUAUUGGUCAUCAUUGUCAUUAUUGCCAAUCGUGUCUAGCUUCAAGCUGUUAUUUUCUUGACAUUUACAGAAUAAAAAUGUUGAAUACUAUGAUUUUGAUGGAAUUACUUACU